GGCUUUUAUGAUGAAGUAGCAAAUCCCCUGCUUUUGGAUAUUGAAUUGCAAUAUCCAGAGAAUGCCAUUUCAGACUUAACUCAGGCUAAUUUUAGGCAGUAUUAUGAUGGCUCUGAAAUUGUAGUAGCUGGCAAGAUUUCAGACAAUGACCUGGAUUUUCUCACAGCAGAGGUCUUUGCUCAAACCGCCAAUGAAAAUCUAACUCUAAAAGCUGAAGUGCAGAUUUCAGAAGUUGAAAAUGUCACUCAGCAGCAGCAAUACAUUUUCGGUGAUUUCACUGAGCGGCUGUGGGCUUAUUUGACCAUACAACAGCUCUUAGAGAAGCGGGUUUCUGCAGAGACAAAUGAGAAAGGAAACCUGACUGACAGAAUCCUGGAACUGUCGCUCAAGUACAGCUUUGUAACACCGUUAACAUCUAUGGUUGUGACAAAACCAGAGGAAAAUAAAAAUGAGCGCUUUGUGGCUGACAAACCAGCAGAAGGUGGUAAUGUUUGAAUCCAGCCUUGAUUUUGAAAUUGAUGUUCACCCUUUAUAUCAGUUAGUAUAUUUAAUUUAAAAGGCCACUUGUUUUGAUAAUACAGACACUUCAUUUUUUACUUAACUGUCAAUUAAGAUCU